AAGACAAUAAAACACAUAAAACUUCUACUUGAAAAGAUUUUGCAAUCUCUAGAUGGCAAUCUGGAUUUCCUGGGACCAGACAUCCCUUCAUCAGUAGCAACUGCCAUGGUUGAAGGUCACUUAGAUCCAAUUACCAUGGAAGCCUUUGGUAACUCAAAGAAAGCUAAAAGUUGUCUGGACCCAAAUGUAACUCUAGCUUCUGAUCAAGUGCUAAGAGCGGAGACCCAGGUGGUGAUGUCUACGCAAGAGAGCUGCUUUUCCAUAUUUUGUUCUUGUGAAACAACAGAUAAAAGGAAUACAGAUACAGAGCAGAAGGUGACUUUGGAUAAGAGGAGCUAUUUGAAGGAAGCUGCUGCCCUUGAAAAACUAAUAGCUCCUUCAGAAUUCCACCAGAAAGUUGAUGACAUUGAAGAAAAAAGAGAAUUUCCAGACAACAACCCCUUCAAGAAAAGAAAAGUUGUUGAUUUUCAGUUGGAACAAAUGCAAACCACUACUGAACAAGCUUCAAAGGUGAUAGAUGCUGAAGAAUCAGAUAAGCUUAUAGAAAGAAGAGAGAUUCUCAAAAAGCUAUUCAAGAAAGUAGAACUUGAUUCUCAGUUGGAGUAGAGACAGACAACCAUGGAGUUUCUCAAAAACUCUUUCAAGAAAGAAGAGUUUCUCAGAAACAUUUGUUUUGAUUCAUCUUUCUUUGGACUUUAUGAUGGAUUUUCUUCCUUCUUGCCCUUUGAAAUGUAAUCAGAAAAUUUUCAUAUUUGAUGAAUGUUAUUAUCAUUACAAGUUCCCUGCUUUAACUGACUACUUUUGAUGAAGUGGGUGUUUACAUUUCCUUGCCCAUUUGUAAAUAAAGUCACUAAAUCAAAAUGCUACGACUAGUGUGAUAUGUUAUUUCUUUAUAGCUACUAUUUACUAGUACUGGUCACAGCCCUGGCCAAUUUCA